AUGUAAAGUCACAAAUCUGAGAGAUCUUACCAAGACUUUCUUUCAGCAAAUGAGUCAGACUUUUUAAACACUUAUUUUUUGUAAUUGGUUAGUGACACUAUCCCUCAGUAUGUUUGUUAAUCGGAAGUGUCCAUGAGACAUUAAAUGGGACUCAAAAUAGAUAUCCAACAACUAUUGCAAUAGAAGCGAAGUCUGCAUAUAAAACCAAAUAGAUACAUGUUUUCACUUUGUGAUUUCAAAUUAGAAGGUGCCAUGCAAUUAUUAAGAAAUCAAAUUUAGAAAUAUGAUUUCCAAGAAAACGAGGAGUAUUUUAAUCUAAUUGAUCUAGGAAGAAGUCUUCAUAAACAAGGAGAAAACUUUAUUAAUCUCUUAUCACCUCUUCCUUUUCAGAUGAUAUUCCAAUUUGCCAAAUUAAUUCCUGGGUCGUUUUGAAUGAUAUUAAAUUGGAAGUGAAGAAAGGAGACAUCCUAUUGUUCAUCGUCAAAAUCAAGGCUUCUUCCUACACUCUAAAUAGAUUAUAGACUCUAAUACAAAAUGAAGUUCAAUACACCAAAGUACAAUUUAAUUAAAUAAAAAAAGUCCAAAUUAAGUGAUUACAUUACUAAAUUUAAGCCCAACAUUUAUCCAAUACUAAUAUUGAAUGCAGAUAUUAAUUUCCCUUAUCAAAAACUGAAUUGCUAAGCUUAUUACAUUGGCAAGUAGAAUCUAAUGUAUCAUUUCUUCCAACAGUUGAGAAUACAAGAUGCCGAGGCUAUAACAGAGGAUGUAUUCAAUUAAUCAACUAGUUUAGUUAAUUUCAAAAUACAAUAUUAAUAGAAUGAGUCAGGCCAGACUGCUAAUUUAGAAGGAAGCCUUGGAGUAUAAGAAACUCGGAAAAAAUAUUGAUAUACUUAAAUUAACUACUUUCGGAGUGGCAAUAGCUUUGGGGUUAAUGUACUUUUUCAAGAAAAAAAUUAUUAAAUGA